AUGACACCCUCAGUCACCGCCAUCUUAUUCCUGACCGUCUGUGUCGCCUCAGGCUGGUCCUUGAAGUGUGUGCAGUGCACUGGUUUCAGUAACACCCCCUGCACCGGCGGCUUACAGGACUGCCCCUCCGUUAGUGAUGCCUGCGGGACGACGGUGAUCCGCACCAGAGGAUACCGCUGGACGAGCUUUUACUACAUCCGCUCCUGUGUGAGUACCACCGAGUGCUUCAAUAACGCGAGUGUGACCGGUUUGUACGCGACCACAGCGUCCGGAACGACGUGCUGCUUCACUGACAACUGCACCACCUCCGUACCGACCCUACCAGUGGAAAAUUACACCUUGAAUGGGUUAAUGUGCCCGUCCUAUGUGGAAACCAUUAUGGAACCCUGUGAUAUAAAGAACGUGUCAUCCUGCACCGGAGAUCAGAUACGUUGUGUCCGAUAUUCAGCGACUACAACAUUAGGUGAGCCCACGCCUGUUACUAUGUAUCUUUAUAGCAAAGCUUUGGGACGGAACCUACAGAAACCUCCUCAGCCUCCAAGAUAA